CCGGAGUCCCAGCGCAACCGGGCCAGUCGCCCAGGCCGGAGGGACGUUGGCAUGGAGGAGGUGCGGGACGACGAGGUGCUGCGGACCGAGACGGAGCCCGCGGGACCCGCGGAGCCCCAGGAGCCGCCCUCGCCGCCCUCGCCACCGCCGCCGCCGUCGCCACCAUCGCCCGCCGCCCCGGAGCCCGAGUCGCCGUCCGAGGCCGGCGCCCGGCAGCUGCUGCUGGACGAAUGGGGGCCGCUGGGCGGGGGGCUGCAGCUGCCUGCGCGCCUCACCUGGAAGCUGCUGCUGGUGCGGCGGCCGCUCUACCGCAACCUGCUGCGCUCGCCCAACCCGGAGGGCAUCAACAUCUACCAGCCAGCGCCUCCUACUGGUCCCACCAAGCAACCCCUGCAGGCGCUGGGCAAUUUCCGCGGAUGGCACAUUGGAACGGAGCAGCUCCAGCAGGGACUCAGCUGGACCGUGAAGCAGCAGUGCGUAGACCUCCUGGCCGAGGGCCUGUGGGAGGAGCUCCUGGAUGAUGAGCAGCCAGACAUCACCAUCAUGGACUGGUAUGAGGACAGCCGGCUGGAUGCAUGCGUCUAUGAGCUGCAUGUGUGGCUGCUGGCCGCUGACCGCCGCUCGGUCAUUGCACAGCACCACGUGGCCCCCCAAACCGGAGGGAGAGGUCCACCUGGCCGCUGGGUCCAGGUGUCCCAUGUGUUCCGCCAGUACGGGCCUGGUGUGCGCUUUGUCCACUUUCUGCACAAGGCCAAGAACCGUACGGAGCCCAGGGGACUGUGGCGGACCAGGGUGACCGAUUCCUCCGUGUCUGUGCAGCUCCGGGAGUGACCGCGUCUCAGCUGCCCUGCCCCUCCAUACCUCCCUGUCCCCCCUCUUCCUGUGCUCUCAGCAUGUCCUUGU